CCUUUCAUACCUUCCUGUCAAGCUUGUUCCAGUGUCCAGUUUGUCAGACUGUCGGCGAGCCGUCAUGAGGAGACCGCUGCUGCUGGGCCUGUCGGCCCUCUGUCUCUGUGUGUCCGCCGUCGUGGCAGCCGACGCACAGCGCGAGCGACAGGGAGACAAACCUCCCCCCGAGGAUGAUGGAGUAUUACAGCUGAGCAAAGGAAAUUUCAAUAGGGCACUGAGAAAACACAAGCAGCUCCUGGUGCAUUUCUAUGCUCCUAUGUCUGCGGAAGGCCACCGUGUGUCAGCAGCUUUCGAAGGUGCUGCUGCAGAGCUCCAGGGGUCAGAGGUCAAGCUGGCAGUCAUCGACGUGACCAAGGAGAAGGAGCUGGCGAAAGACCUGAACGCCACAGGUCCUCCGAUCAUCAGGCUGUACCUGGGUGGAGAUAGACACAACCCUGUGCCCUGCCCUGUUCCUCAGAGCUCGGCGUCCAUCUUGACGUGGCUGAAACGCAGGGCGGGGUCUGCGACUGACCUCAUCGCUGAUCUCCGCCUGUCGGAGGCCUCGGAGGAGAUGACAGUGGUCGGAUUCUUUAAGGAGCUGGAUCACGAGUACGUCCAGGUGUUCUACUCUGCAGCCGUUGACCUUCCUGACAUCAGCUUCGCCGUAACACAGAACGAUGAAGUCAUCAGUAAAUAUGGUCUCACUCACGAUGUUGUGCUGCUGUUCAAAAAGUCUGAGCUCAUCCAGGCUUAUAAAAUGAUGCCUCAGACAUCUAAAGAGGAGCUGCUCAUCUUUAUCACCGUCUACCAGAUGGACCCAGUGACUGAAUACACCGGCAAGACAGCCGCUGAGAUCUUAAGCUCACCUGUGUUUAAUCAUGCCCUCCUGUUCGUCAACAAAAGCUCUGCAGACUUUCAGGAGAUUUACUUUGCCUUUAACAGUGCUGCAGACGCAUUCAGGUUGAAGAUUCUGUUUGUGUAUGUGGACGUGGACGAGCCUCGUAACGGCAGGAUGAUGGAGUACUUCCGAGUGCGAGAUUUUGAGGCUCCUCUCAUCCGACUGGUCAACCUGACGGACCAUGUGACCUUUCACCUGCCCUCUGAUUCUCUGGACGCGGAGACCAUUAAGAAAUUCUGCCGGACCUACCUCGAGGGCAAGGCCAAGCCGAAGAUGCAGAGUGAGCCGGUACCUGAGGGAUGGGACAAGGAGCCGGUGAAGGAGCUGGUGGGGAUGACUCUGGAGAAAGUCGCCUUUAACCCCAACGAGACCGUUUUUGUCAUGUUCUAUCUGCCCUACAGCCAGGAGUCCCGCGCCCUCUUCCCGCUGUGGGAGGACCUGGCCGAGGCCUUGAAGGAGCGAGAGCACGUGGUCGUCGCUCGCAUCGACGCCUCCUCCAACGACAUCAACAUGUCGAUGCAGGGGUCCUACCCGUCGCUCUGCCUGUUCCCUGCCCUGCAUGCCGAAAGGGCGGUGGUUUACUCCGGGAGAAGGAAGUUGAAAGACCUGGUGAAGUUUCUAGAUGACGAGAUGGAAAAAGCCAAAAAAGACAGAGUUAAGGAGGAUGAAGACAGGAGGAAGUACGUCAAGGCCAUAAAAGCUGAGGAGGCAAAAAAAGCCAAAGAAACUAAAGAGGAGCUUUAGCGUGUGUGUGUGUGUGUGUGUGUGUGUGUGUGUGUGUGUGUCUUUGAUGCCUUUUAGUCAGUACUCUCCAAACAUGGAUCUGGUUUUAUCGAAUCAACCACGCUGUCCUUAACCAUCUUGUGAAAUCAAAUCCAAUAAAGUCCUCAGUUGAAGACUGAUGGUUGCAAGGUUUUUCAAUUAUCUAACCUCAGCGAGCUUCUGUCUUUGUCAAGUCACAAUGAAUUUCCCCCAAAAGACCCUUUCUGACCUCUGAUUGGAAUAAUAAUGAAUGUUAUGGAGCCCAAAUGAUGCAUCUACAUGGUUUUAUAUCAUCGGCCAAUUUUAGUUUCCAUCCAAAUUUACUCUAUUUGCUCUUAAGAUCUUAUGUUUGAGAUCUUUUAGAAUCUGUACACACUUUGUCCACCAGAGAGUUUCUUCUGUAAAAUGUCCUGCUCAGAACGUCAGCUGGUCACAAUUCUUCUGUAUAAAAGUAACUUAUGGGAUCAUUAAAAAAAACAUUUUGUUAA